UUUGGAUCCACUCAAACCGAAACUGAAAAAAAACGGCUUCGUAGAAAUCAGCUGAGAACGAAAGCAAAAGGAAAAGAAAAGGAACAUGUUCCCAUGUUUCCAAGAAAACGGGAUUUGGAAGUUUGAAGAAAAAAUAAAAGAAGGCGUUUGAGAAUGGGGAACAAGAUCGCUCGGACGACGCAGGUGUCGGCGUCGGAGUACUACCUUCACGAGCUGCCGUCGACGUACAAUCUGGUGCUGAAGGAGGUGCUCGGACGGGGCCGUUUCUUCAAGUCGAUUCAGUGCAAGCACGACGAGGGCCUCCUCCUCGUUAAGGUCUAUUUCAAGCGCGGCCAUUCCAUUGAUCUCUCCCCCUACGAACGCCGUCUCUCUCAGAUCAAGCACAUUUUCCUCUCCAUUCACCAUCCUCACCUUUGGCCCUUUCAGUUUUGGCAAGAAACCGAUAAAGCAGCAUACCUUCUCAGGCAGUAUUUUUUCCAUAAUUUGCAUGAUCGACUAAGCACUCGACCUUUUCUCAGUUUCAUCGAGAAGAAAUGGCUGGCUUUCCAGUUGCUUUUAGCUGUGAAACAGAGCCACCAUGAGGGGGUGUGUCAUGGUGAUAUUAAGUGUGAGAAUGUGUUGAUUACAUCUUCGAAUUGGCUUUACCUUGCUGACUUCGCAUCUUUCAAGCCCACCUACAUCCCAUAUGAUGAUCCAUCAGAUUUCUCUUUCUUCUUUGACACUGGUGGAAGAAGGCUCUGUUAUCUGGCACCUGAGAGAUUUUAUGAACAUGGAGGGGAAAUGCAGAUGCCGCAAGAUGCCCCUUUAGAGCCAUCCAUGGAUAUAUUUGCUGUCGGGUGUGUAAUUGCAGAGCUUUUUCUUGAGGGACAGCCACUGUUUGAACUGUCUCAACUUCUUGCUUAUCGCAGAGGGCAAUAUGAUCCUAGUCAACAUCUUGAGAAAAUACCAGAUCCUGGAGUCCGUAAGAUGAUACAACACAUGAUUCAGUUAGAACCGGAGUUGCGGCUUUCUGCUGAAAGCUAUCUAGAGGAAUAUGCUGCAGUUGUAUUCCCAACAUAUUUUUCACCUUUUUUUCACGAUUUUUUCUGCUGCUGGAGUCCUCUCCAACCUGAUAUGAGGAUUUUGUUAUGCCAAAGUGCUUUCCAGGAGAUAUUUAAACAAAUGAUGAACAACAAUAACCAUUCAUCUGGCCCCCAGCAUGUGAAAGGAGAUUCACCUAAUUCUACAUUUCCUGAAAAUCUUCAAACUUUGCAAUCUUCUGGAGAGCUGCUUCAAGCUAUCUCCAAUGAAUUUCAAGGAACUGAUCACCCGUUUCUGAAAAGGAUCAUUUUGAAUGACUUAAGUUCAUUGAAGUCUGAAAAUGAUAAUCAAUCAGAUACAUGCGACAUGCCCUUUUUACCAUUGUCAAACAAUAUUAUGAAAUGCGAAGGCAUGGUUUUGAUUACUUCUUUGCUCUGUUCCUGCCUGCGCAAUGUCAAGUUUCCUCACCUGAGGAGGGCAGCUGUACUCUUGCUGAAGGCUUCUGCCUUAUACAUUGAUGAUGAAGACCGUUUGCAGCGUGUUAUCCCAUAUGUGAUUGUAAUGCUUUCAGAUUCAGCUGCGAUUGUGCGAUGUGCUGCCUUAAAGACUUUGUGUGACAUUCUGCCCUUAGUCCAAGACUUUCCUCCAAGCGAUGCAAAGAUAUUUCCUGAGUAUAUACUUCCCAUGCUUUCUAUGCUUCCUGAUGAUCCAGAGGAAAGUGUGAGAAUAUGUUAUUCCAGAAACAUAGCUAAGUUGGCACUAACUGGUUAUGGAUUCUUGAUACGCUCAAUAAGGUUAAGAGAGGCAGGCGUCCUUGAUGAAUUGAACUCACCACGAAAACCAUUAAUAUCCUCUGCUCAGACCCCUGGAAAACUAAAGAGGAUAAAUACUGAUGCGCAACUUGCGCAGCUGAGGAAAUCCAUAGCGGAAAUUGUCCAAGAACUUGUUAUGGGUCCAAAGCAAACACCAAAUAUUAGGCGAGCACUUCUUCAGGACAUUGGUAGACUGGGCUGGUUCUUUGGGAGGAGACAGAGUAACGACUUUCUGUUACCUGUCCUCCCUGCUUUCCUAAAUGAUCAGGAUGAGCAAUUAAGGACAGUAUUCUAUGAAAAGCUGGUUUAUGUCUGCUUUCUUGUGGGCCAAACCAGUGUAGAAAAAUAUCUAUUGCCAUACAUCGAGCAGGCUUUAAGUGACAAAACAGAGGCAGUAAUUGUUAAAGCCUUGGAUUGCUUGACUAUUCUAUGCAAAAGUGGGUUCUUCCGGAAGAGGAUACUGCUUGAAAUGAUAGAGCACAGUUUUCCCUUACUAGGUUAUCCCAGUGAAUGGGUAAAACGAUCAGCUGUUUCUUUUAUUGCUGCUAGUAGUGAGAGCUUGGGUACAGUAGAUUCCUAUGUUUUUCUUGCUCCUGUUAUACGACCUUUCCUCCAUAGACAACCUGUAACACUUGCUUCAGAGCAGGUACUUUUGUCAUGUUUGAAACCUCCUGUCUCAAGACAGGCUUUUUAUGAAGUCUUGGAGAACUCUAGGAGUUCAGACAUGUUAGAUAGACAGAGAAAAAUAUGGUAUAAUUCAUCAUCACAAUCUACACUCUGGGAAAUAGAUUUUCUGAAAAAGGGAAUUGAGGGGUUGAACACACUGGACAAUUGGGCAGACAAGCAACAAGGUCCUGGGGUUCAACAAGCUGUUGGUACUGGCUUCCAACAGCUAGGACUAUCAGAUUGUGACACAGGUGAGGCAAAUUUGAGAGAUACAAAGAGCUUUUUACAUAGUGCUAGCAAUAUAGUGGGACAUAAUGAUCUCCGAUCUUCAGAGAAGUUACAAUUUUCAGGACUUACAUCACCAUAUGGUAGUGGCAUAAACAAUUUCACAUACAAAAGGCCAUCAGAAGGGAUACCUUUGUACUCUUUCUAUGCGGACAGGCAGGGAAUGGGAAUUCCUCCAGCAUCAGAUUCUCCAGUGCAAAUGAAUUCUCCUGGUCGCAGUUCGUCUUCCAUGCCUUGGGUUAAUCCAGUCAGUAAUUCCUUCAAUUUGGCUAGUUCUGUUCCAGCACCAAAGUCUGCUUCGGAAUCUUUUAGCAUUAACAGCGGACCUAAACAGUUCUACCGAGUUGUACAUGAGCCAGAUGGCAGGGAAAAUGAAACAUGUGUUAAUAGCACAUUUCAAGAUGCAGGACUGUCUAAAGCUAGUUCAAUUUUAAUGGAAGAUGCAACUGCCCAAACUGAUCCGUCAGGAUUUUCCUGUCACUCAUCCAUUCCUGAUUCUGGCUGGAGGCCCCGUGGGGUGUUGGUUGCACAUCUCCAGGAGCACAGUUCAGCUGUAAAUGAAAUAGCUAUUUCCAAUGAUCAUUGCUUCUUUGUGAGUGCAUCUGAUGACUCUACAGUCAAAAUCUGGGAUUCAAGAAAACUGGAAAAGGACAUUGCUUUUAGGUCAAAGCUAACUUAUCACCUAGGGGGAAGCCGAGCAUUAUGUGCAGCAAUGCUUUGGGGAUCUACGCAAGUAAUUGUUGGAGCAUCUGAUGGACUGAUUCAUAUGUUCUCUAUUGAUCAUAUAUCUAGAGGUUUGGGAAAUGUCGUUGAGAAGUAUUCUGGUAUUGCUGAUAUCACUAAAAAGGAUAUCAAGGAAGCUGCUAUACUCAGCCUUUUGAAGAGCCCAGUGGAUAAUCAUACAGUCAUGUAUAGCACCCAGAACGGUGGUAUUCAUAUGUGGGAUACUAGAUCAGAUUCCAAUGUAUGGACUCUAAAAGCUAUUCCAGAGGAGGGCUAUGUUUCUUCUGUAGCCUCAGGGCCUUGUGGUAAUUGGGUUGUAUCAGGGUCAUCAAGGGGUGUUCUUACACUUUGGGAUCUGAGGUUUCUUAUACCUGUGAACUCUUGGCAGUAUUCUCCUGCUUGCCCUAUAGAAAAAAUAUGUCUCUUUCUUCCUCCUCCAAAUGGCCCUCCUCCUCCGACUUCUAGGCCUCUUGUUUAUGUUGCUGCUGGUUGCAAUGAAGUUUCUCUUUGGAAUGCGGAGAAUGGCACUUGUCACCAGGUAUUGAAGUUGGCCAAUUAUGACAAUGAUGCAGAAAUGUCUGAUCGGCCUUGGGCAUUGGCCAGAAAUUCAAGUAAACUAAGUUCUAAAUCAAAUCAUAGAAGAAAUAUCAAUCCCAAGUACAAUGUUGAUGAACUAAAUGAACCUCCUCCUCGUCUUCCUGGUAUCCGUUCACUACUUCCUUUGCCAGGGGGUGAUUUAUUGACUGGGAGCACCGAUUUGAAGAUACGCCGAUGGGAUCAUUGCAGUCCGAAAAGAAGUUAUUGUAUUUGUGGCCCAACCUUAAAAGGAGUAGGAAAUGAUGAUUUUUAUGAAACAAAAUCUAGCUUUGGAGUGCAAGUUGUACAGGAGACAAAAAAACGCCCACUUACAAUAAAGCUAACCGCAAAGGUAGUUCUUGCUGCUGCUGCCACUGAUCCUGCGGGUUGCCAUCGUGAUUCUAUCCUUUCUCUGGCUUCUGUAAAGUUAAACCAGAGACUCUUGCUAUCAAGUGCUAGAGAUGGGGCUAUCAAGGUUUGGAAGUAAAUUGGUAAAAGUUCUUAAUUUUAUGUACAUAAGUAGUGUAGAUUCCUAGUACAGUAAGUUGUACAUCACAAAAUAUAGGAACUUUGUUGUUUCCAAUUUUUUCAAGAGCAUAAAUUAAUAGUUGUAAGAAACUUAACUAAAUUUGUAAUUAUACUAGAGAAAAAUGUUACAAAUA